AUGGGGAGCAUUGCUGCCACCGCUCAUGAAGCGCGCUUGUUGUGUCGCCAGAACCGGCUGACCAACACUGCGGGUAUUGCACCAGGCUAUCUGCAAGCUAACUUGUUGGUAUUGCCGGCCAGGUAUGCCGCUGAUUUCCAUGACCUUUGUCUGCGCAACCCAGUCUCUUGCCCGCUACUGGGAAUGACUGCCGUUCCUGGUGACCCCCAUACCAUCCAACCGACAAGAUGCAUCCAAUCCACCGAUUUUGACAUUCGCACGGACUUCCCCCGGUAUCGGGUAUAUCGUAGCGGGACGUAUAUCGGGAGUUGCGAGGAUCUGCGGGACUCAUGGAGCCCAGAGCAUGUGGGAUUUUUGAUCGGCUGCUCGUUCUCCUUUGAAGAUGCCCUGGUAGCAGCGGGCCUAUCACCACGCCACCACAAAACAGGGUCCAUCGUGGCCAUGUAUCGGUCAAAGAUACCGCUGUUGCCCGCGGGGAUCUUUACGGACGCACAAUGUAUCGUGUCUAUGCGACCUUACCGGCCAGAGCAGAUUGACCGCGUCCGGGAAGUCACCCGGCCAUUCCUCUCCACACACGGCGAGCCUGUGGCAUGGGGAUGGGAAGGCGCAAAGCAACUGGGCAUCUUCGACAUUGAAAAGCCUGACUUUGGUCAGCCGCAGCUAUUCGAGGAAGGAGAGAUUCCUGUAUUCUGGGCUUGUGGAGUGACGCCGCAGAUGGCUGUGGAGGCCGCAGGGAACAGAGUCGAUGGACUUGUCUUUGCCCAUGAACCAGGGCAUAUGCUGUUGACCGACUGGACCGUGGAUGAUCUGCAGCACUUGAAGCCCGGGAUUGUCUCGGGGCAUAGACAAUAG